AAAACGAGAUAAAACUGAAUUGUUCCAUGUAAACAUGUGGCGAAAUAUUGUAUUUAAACGAUAUGUUGUUUUAGAUUUCGUUGAGGAGGAAUAACGUCACGUGUGUUUGCAUGUUAAAGUAGCACCUGUUAGUUAGCGAGCUAACGUUAACUGGCUAUCUAGUUUGCUUUUUGGCCAGCCUGUUACAGUUGCGCUCUAGUGUAUUUGCACCCUUGUACGUUUAUUUUAAAUAAUUCAAUACGUCUUCAAAUAUAAGUUACAAUUAAAAAAAAUAUAAACGUGUUCACACGUGUACUGUGGUAAGUUGCAGGUAUUUUUACAAGGUAAAAACAGCCAUUGAAAUAGUGUUGAAAGGAGAACAGGAUAUUCCGCUUCAUUAUAACGUUACCACUGUGAACAUGGUGAAGGGGAAAGAACUCUCUGAGAAUGUAAGGAAUUUGAUUAUAACCAAACAUGGACUUAAGCAAGGUUACAAGUCCAUCUCCCGGGACCUUGGGAUUGCUGUUUCCACAGUUCGUAAUGUUAUCAGGAAGCAUGCUGUCCAUGGCGUUGUAGUCAACCUCCCAGGACGUGGUCGCAAGAAGAAUCUGCUUCCACCGGUUGAAAAAGCAGAUCGUUCUGCAUCUAUCCAAAAUAAAAUGACAUCUGUUUGUGAUGCCACCAAUGAAGACAAGGAAAAUGGUUCCGAGUCGACGGAGUCUCAGGACAAGGAACAUCCACGGGUUCUCAUCCCAGAGUUAUGUCGUCUUUUCUACCAACUCGGCUGGGUUACUGGGACAGGAGGAGGGCUAAGUUUGAGACGUGGAGAUCAGAUCUAUAUUGCCCCGUCUGGAGUGCAGAAGGAGAGACUACAGGUGAGCAGGGCUGGUGUUUUGUCUUCAUAUCAUAGAGACAGGUGAGACUACAGGUGAGCAGGGCUGGUGUUUUGUCUUCACAUCAUAGAGACAGGAGAGACUACAGGUGAGCAGGGCUGGUGUUUUGUCUUCAUAUCAUAGAGACAGGUGAGACUACAGGUGAGCAGGGCUGGUGUUUUGCCUUCAUAUCAUAGAGACAGGAGAGACUACAGGUGAGCAGGGCUGGUGUUUUGUCUUCACAUCAUAGAGACAGGAGAGACUACAGGUGAGCAGGGCUGGUGUUUUACCUUCAUAUCAUAGAGACAGGAGAGACUACAGGUGAGCAGGGCUGGUGUUUUGCCUUCAUAUCAUAGAGACAGGAGAGACUACAGGUGAGCAGGGCUGGUGUUUUGUCUUCAUAUCAUAGAGACAGGAGAGACUACAGGUGAGCAGGGCUGGUGUGUUGUCUUCACAUCAUAGAGACAGGAGAGACUACAGGUGAGCAGGGCUGGUGUUUUACCUUCAUAUCAUAGAGACAGGAGAGACUACAGGUGAGCAGGGCUGGUGUUUUACCUUCAUAUCAUAGAGACAGGAGAGACUACAGGUGAGCAGGGCUGGUGUUUUGUCUUCAUAUCAUAGAGACAGGAGAUACUACAGGUGAGCAGGGCUGGUGUUUUGUCUUCAUAUCAUAGAGACAGGAGAGACUACAGGUGAGCAGGGCUGGUGUUUUGUCUUCAUAUCAUAGAGACAGGAGAGACUACAGGUGAGCAGGGCUGGUGUUUUACCUUCAUAUCAUAGAGACAGGAGAUACUACAGGUGAGCAGGGCUGGUGUUUUGUCUUCAUAUCAUAGAGACAGGAGAGACUACAGGUGAGCAGGGCUGGUGUUUUGUCUUCAUAUCAUAGAGACAGGAGAGACUACAGGUGAGCAGGGCUGGUGUUUUACCUUCAUAUCAUAGAGACAGGAGAGACUACAGGUGAGCAGGGCUGGUGUUUUGUCUUCAUAUCAUAGAGACAGGAGAGACUACAGGUGAGCAGGGCUGGUGUUUUACCUUCAUAUCAUAGAGACAGGAGAUA